AUGAACGGCGACAACGAGAAGGGCACGGUCCACGCUAACCCCAUGCCGCGGCAGGCGUACCCGCCCAGGCGCCAGCUUGCCAAUCCUGGACCGCUCGGCCUCUACGCGUUCGCGGCUACCACCCUCAUCCUCUCCCUCUUCAACGUAGGCGCAAAUAACAUCAAGGUCCCCAAUGCCGUGGUCGGCAUGGCUAUCUUCUACGGCGGCCUUGUUCAGCUGCUGGCCGGGAUGUGGGAGUUUGCGUGCGGCAACACGUUCGGUGCGACUGCGUUCUCGUCGUACGGCGGUUUCUGGCUGUCAUUUGCCGCGUUCUACGUUCCCUCGUCUGGCAUCGCGGAUGCGUACUCCACGGCAGUGGACGGCGGGGCGCAGGAGGAGGCUGCCAUCGGUAUCUACCUCAUGGCAUGGAUGACGAUCACCUUCCUGUUCUUCCUCGGCGCCCUCCGCAAGAACAUCGCAUUCGUCGCCCUGUUCUUCUUCCUCACCCUCACAUUCAUGUGUCUCGGUGCCGCCAAGCUCUCCGGCCAGACCAACCUCGACAUUGCAGGCGGCGCGCUCGGCAUCGUCACGGCGCUCAUCGCGUUCUACACCGGCACCGCCGAGUUGCUUGGCCCCGACGACCUCUUUCAGCUCCCGCUCGGCCGCUUCGCGCCUCGCGCACGCACGGCGUGA